AUGGCCCACGUUGAAGAACUUGUGGACUUUUUUGGAAAUGAAUACGACGGACGAUCAAGAACAGCCACUCCUACUUAUGAAGACAAUAUGUACUCAUUUUUGGGAGAGAUUUAUAGAACUUGUCACGAUGCUAUGGCAGAAGCAAUGAAAAAGACACCUGAAUGA